UUCAUAGAGGAGCUGUAAGAGAGGAGCGCCCUGACAGUUUUCAAGGAUUUCCACUUUUUUAAUGAUCACUGUGCCCAGAAAAGCGUGCUGUUGGUUUGUCCUACAUCGGUAGAGUAAACCGAGUCACCGACAUGUCGGAGGAAGCAACUUCUCCGCAGGAUGGGAACGGCAAAGUUAGUCGGGUCAUCCGGAUUGGAACCCGCAAGAGCCAGUUGGCUCGCAUCCAGACAGACAGCGUGGCGGACAAGUUAAAAGGACUGUACCCUGAAAUCACGUUGGAAAUAGUUGGCAUGUCUACGACAGGAGACAAAAUCCUUGACACAGCUUUAUCAAAGAUUGGAGAGAAGAGUUUGUUCACCAAAGAGUUGGAGAAUGCUCUGGAGAGGAACGAGGUGGAUCUGGUAGUUCACUCACUGAAAGACCUUCCCACCACUCUGCCUGCAGGAUUCACCAUCGGGGCUGUGCUGAAGAGAGAAAACCCCCAUGAUGCAGUGGUUUUACAUCCCAAACAUGCCGGAAAAUCUCUCGACAAUCUUCCAGACAACAGUGUGAUCGGCACCAGCUCGCUGCGCCGUGCCGCUCAGCUGAAGAAGAGAUUCCCACAUCUGGAGUUCAAAGAUAUUCGCGGGAACCUGAACACACGUCUGAAGAAGCUGGAUGAGAAGGAGGACUUCGCUGCCAUCAUCCUGGCUGCUGCCGGCCUCAGGAGAAUGGGCUGGGACAACAGGAUCAGCCAGAUCCUUGGGCCUGAAGACUGCAUGUACGCUGUUGGACAGGGGGCGCUAGCGGUGGAGGUUCGGGCCAGAGAUGUUGACAUCCUGGAGAUGGUGUCUGUCCUCCAUCACGAUGACACUGUGCUGCGCUGCAUAGCAGAGAGAGCAUUCCUCAGACAUCUGGAGGGAGGCUGCAGUGUUCCGGUGGCUGUACACACCGAAGUGAAGGACUCCCAGCUCUACCUGACCGGGGCAGUGUACAGUCUGGACGGAUCCGACAGUCUGAAGGAAACCAUGCAGACUAGCAUUGCUGCUGAUGACAAGAGCAUAGAGGAGGUGGACGAGCAGGUCCAGCGAGUAGGAGUCACAGCCAGCAAGCUCUCAGGUAAAGCCCAGGAUGGGGCUGAGCGGCUGGGUAUCGACCUGGCCAACUUACUGCUGAGCAAAGGAGCCAAGGAGAUCCUGACGGUGGCCAGGCAGCUCAAUGACGCCAGAUAAUCCUGCCAAACUGACGGCCCCUCAAAUGCAGUCAGCCACAGCCUUGUGUCAAGUAAAAACUUGAAUUCCUUUAUUAUGUUAUACAUUUGGCAUUGCGUGAGAAAAAGAGUGGGGACUCUCUGUUACACGCUGAGCUCAAUCAAGGGCAGAUAUAUUGUUGAGGAUUUUAAACACUACUUGGACCAAAGUUGUGCUCAGUGUGGUAAUGCGCUGCUAAACGUAGCACUCUUGGUCUUGGUUCCAGCUUGUUAUUACACACGGAACCAUCUCCUGAGCCGUGUAGAAACCGCCUUACUGUCUGUAUUAUCAGUGAGAACCACAAAAUGGCCUUUCAUACAUUGUCGUCAGCACUUACAGUAUAAUCACUGGCUGAUAUCGUCAAGCUAAAAACCUUUUUUGUUUUUUUGUUUUUUAAAGCUUAUCAGUAUAUUAAAUGGGAAAAAUAACAAAGAAUGUGUCAUCAGCAUACAUUAUUACCCCCCAAAAGCAGAAAAAAAGAAAGAAAAAAGAGAGGUUAACCCAGAGUUCCUCUGUAGGCUGCAUUCACAUUUGAAAAUAUUGACUUUUGAUGGUACCAAAGAGUUUCCAACCCAAUUUUGUGAUUUGGAGUAGUGAAAUGAGCCUCGUUUAGGUGUUAAAGUUGAGUAAAUAUAAAUGUUUAUUUAGUGCUUCAAUCAUAAGCUCUAUUGUCCCGGGUCGACUUUAUGGAAUAAUAUAGUGUCAGAUUGAAAGGUGUGUUGGACUCCUGCAAAAUAAAAGUACCAUUUUCUACAUAGCUUCACUUCUUUAUUCAGCUGUGGAGGUAAACUGCUUUUAAGAGUAUGCUAGCUACCUUUUUUACAAAUAGAGAAUAUAUUUAAUAUACAUGAUGAGAAGCUGGAGGAAGUGUUUUGUUUUGCCCCACCUGUGUCACGUACAGCUGCUUCGUACUGAACCUUUAUUUAUUGCAGUGAAGCCUGACCAAUAUGUAGUGAUGUCCAAAUGAAGCUUCAUGAACCAUUAAACAGAAUGCCUCAAGGAACGGCAAUUCAGUGUGCUUUCUGCCAAACAGAGAGCGCUAUCUACUUGACUAAGAAAGUAAAGUUCAUGAAUCUUAAUUUGGACAUCACUGUUGAUAUGGGAUUUUUGAUACUGAUACGAGUUUUAGAGGGGGGGGUGAACAGAUAAUCCUUAUAGCGGCCAAUAUAGGGAAUUUUUGAGCUGUGUGUAAAAAUAGACCUUUUCUAUGUGGAUUGUGCACCAAUUUUGCACUGAUAUGACACUGCAAAGGUAAUCAUAAGGCUGCUUUUAUUAAGGAAUAUUUGACAUUAUUAUACAUGAUACAUACAAUGUAUCUCAUUGUCAACUAAUUCAAGAAAUCAAUAACUGAGAAAAAAAUUAUAAAUUAAACAAAAAAGCUAAAUUAACCUCAGUUGUUUAGUAUGAGUGAAGCACUUAAGCAUAAUUUUCUACAGUAUAUAUUAUGUUAAAAAGUUUUCCUAUCAGUGCAUAAAUGACAAAAUAUAAUCUUUUACCGAAAGAUACCAGUAUGACUUUGGCAGGCAGAUAAAAUCCGUCAACAGAUAUAUUGGUCAGGCUCUAAAAUGCCAAAAGGCCAAAUUUUAAAGUGUUUAUCCUGUUCAUGCUAUGCUGAUAUUGUAUUAGCAUCUGUGAUGUCACCACAGUGGCUUGCAGCUCCACAUUAAGCAUCAACUGUGACCUUUUCAUUUUGAAAUACUUUGUAAACACUGCAGUAGUAUAGUCAACAGUUUAAAAGGUAAAGGGCACAACGGCAAACUUACUCAUGGCUUUCAUGAACUGGCUGCAGGUUGAAUUAGUGUUCUGUUAAAGAUGUGAAGUAGCCAAACAAACUUUAUUUAACUGAAACUAUCACAGAUUAUUUCUUAAAACCAUAGCAUAAAGUUUUACAGUCACACUCAUUACACUGACUAGUUUAAAGCCAUUAUGGUCUCAUUAAUGCAAAUGGUACUUAAAGCUGAAGCACCAUUAUAUUCAACAAACAAAAAAUAAAAAAACUUUUGUCAAAAUUGUGGCUUCUGCUUUCAUAAUCAUAAUGUAGUUUUCUUUUGAUUACAAGCUAAAGAUCCGGUUGACAUUAGACAAUUCAAUUUUUUUCAUAAUUACAACUUUUGUAUUAUUGUAAUUUUGACUUGAUAGAUUGAUCUAGUACUUCUAUAUUUUCCUUGUAAUUAUGGUUCACCCGCAGCAAUUAAAAAUGUUAUUGUAAAUAUAAAAUUAACAAAGAAAUGAAUGAAAUUGUGUUGCUGGAAUAUUGUCAUGCAUGAUGCUGUACUCCACAUAUCAAAACUGAAGUGCUUCAAAAAGCAAUACCUUUUUUAACCUGUUGAUCUUGCCUCAUGAAAUAAACAUGUCUUGAAUGCCAUUUUAGUGCCAUCUCAGUAAGUGAUCUGCCUUAUUUAGAACAAUGCCUCACUUGUUUCCCUUUGUUCUGCAUCAGUUUCCCCACUGUACAGUGAGUGCCACACCGUAUUGUAUUUCUUUUAUUUUGUAGAUCUUUAUCGUAUAUUAUACCUAAUUUAAACCUCCUGAGACAAUGUGAGGCCAUAUUGGCCAUAUUUGUUUUUCAGCUUUAAUUUCAAUAUGAAUUAACAUAGAAUGCUUCUGUAUUUAGACUCUUUAUUAUCACAGUACUCACCGUCUCUGCCGUAAAUGAAAAAAAUGUGUCUUUGUUUAGCCACUACGUCAACAUUAUGUUAAACUGCUGAUGUCAAGAAACUAAUGUCAAUAAAGCUAUGUGUGUUAUA